AUGGAUUCCGCUGCUGAUUUCCCUCCGUUCCAGGCCCGGCUGACCUCGUCGCUGGUGCAGAUGACGCGCACCGUCGGUCAACUCUCCGCCGAAGAUCUCACUUUCCACCGGUCCUCGAGCUCCGAGCUCACCGAGUCUCUGGACGAGCAGAGUGACCGCAUUCUGUCUCUUACGUCGUCUAUCCUGAAAGCCGCGACGGCCGGCACGGAUCUCGCCGCGCCGAGUCUGCAAGAUGAGGAUUCCAUCGAGGAUAACUGGCGCGGGGUGGUGGAUGUGAUCGACGCGUUGCUGGAGAAGGCGGAUGCGUGUCUGGAUGAGUUCACGGGUGUCAUUAAGAGAUUGAGCCCGUCGCAACAGGAACAGAGCGCUGCCGCUGCCGCGAAGGCCUCGAAAAAGCCCCCGACCAAGUUCCCCAGCGUUUACGACUACGGGCCGUCCAAGAUCCCCAAGCCUCAGCUGGAGUUCAAGCGUGCGGUCGAUAAUACCGAUGUCUCGCCUUUCAAGCCUCUGCUGCACACGAAGUUCCAUGCGACGGUACCGCUGGAGGAGUCUGAGGGGUAUGUGAAUCCGUACGAGCCGGAGAUCCGCGCCGCGAAAUACCCACCUUCGACGUACGAGGUGUCUCCGCCGGUCGAUUACCUGCCGUUUGAAUCGACGACUGCUACGUUUGUGGAUACUAUGGAGGGCGUGAUGGAUAUGUUGAAGGAAUUGAAGAAGGCCAAGGAGAUUGCGAUCGAUCUGGAACAUCACGAUGUGCACUCGUAUCACGGUCUGGUGUCGCUGAUGCAGAUCAGUACUCGGGACAAGGACUGGGUGGUGGAUACGCUGAAGCCGUGGAGGGAAGAGUUGCAGGUGCUGAACGAGGUGUUUGCGGACCCCGCGAUCCUCAAAGUUCUCCAUGGUUCGUCGAUGGAUAUCAUCUGGCUGCAGCGCGACCUGGGAUUGUACGUUGUCGGCAUGUUCGAUACGUUCCAUGCCGCGUGCGCGCUGAACUAUCCCAAGCGCAGUUUGAAGUUUCUGCUGCAAAAGAUUGUCAACUUCGAGGCCGACAAGAGGUAUCAGAUGGCCGACUGGAGAAUCCGGCCUCUCCCGACGGGAAUGUUCGACUAUGCUCGCUCCGAUACUCACUACCUUCUUCACAUCUACGACCAUCUGCGUAACGAGCUAGUCGAGAACUCAGUCCCUGGCCACAACCUCAUAGACUACGUCCAAGACCACUCGAAGGAAGAGGCGUUGCAGCGCUAUGAGCGCUCGGUCUACGACGCUGCCACCGGCCAGGGUCCCGGCGGCUGGUACGACUACUUGUGUCGCAACCCUGCCGUUCUCAGCAAGGAGCAGUUUGCCGUUUUCAAGGCAGUGCAUCAAUGGCGCGACCAGGUCGCCAGGGAGGAAGAUGAAGGCGUGCAGUGUGUCUUUCCGAAGCACAUUCUGUUCAAGGUCGCCAACGUCAUGCCUGUGGACAUGGGCACUCUAUUCCGGACGUUGUCCCCGGUGACGCCUAUCACCAAGGACCGGGCAUCGGACCUGCUGGAGACCAUCAAACAGGCGAAGAUUGAGGGUGCCACGGGGCCUGAAUGGCGCGAUGUCUACGUCAAGCCUACCAAAACCAAGCAGACUGCGCCUGUAGCCGACCAGGACCCUCUGACGGACCAAGAGGACCAUCCCACCGCUGGACGCUACGAAGUUUCCCAGUUCUGGGGCGGUAUCCUCAACUCGCAAGAACCGCUUACACCUCCUGAAUACUCCGCUGUCGCCUCCGCUGAGGCCCUUCGACUCUCCCUCCCUCUUCCCCCCAUGCCGCGAACCGUUUCCGAAGUGCAACACACCACGGCCCCCGCCGCCACGAAACCCGAGCCCACCACUCCCGCCGAAACCCCCGAGGCACCCGAAAACAAGAUCUUCACAGUCAAGGAGCUCGGCGGGCCCCGCAAACGCAAAGCCACCCCGGUCGAAACAACGCCUCAAGGACCGCCCGUCCUCGACGACAUCAGUCAAUCCGUCGACCUUUCCGAGAUGCCUAGCAAGAAGCCGCGCCGAAAGGAGAAGAAGAACAAGUCCGCGUCCGGCUCGAAUACACCCCAGCCCGAGGCCAAGUCAGAAGAGACGCCAUUCAACUAUGAGACAGCGGACUCGGUACUGCACGGUCAGACUACGAAGGGAUCAGGUCUGCCUAAGAAAGCGCCAUUUAAUCCGUAUGCGAAGGCUAUGGAUGCGCCUUCGGGGGCGCGGAAGCAGAAACGAGAGAUGCCGGGGAAGACCUUUACGUUUAGGUGA